UAAACUAGAAGACAUCUUAGUCAUUUUACGUUUAUUUGUUUUUAUAUUGAAGGCAUAUUAAGAUGGGCUGCGAAUACACAUCAUGGACACCCAUAGCACUCAAAUACAAGGAACCAUUUUCAUAAAAUUACACUAACAAAUAUUUCAGUACUUAGAAAUUUUUACGAUACAUGAAUGAAAAUACAAUUUUGAUACUGAUUUCUCUAUCCGUAAUUUUAACACAGUAUAAUAAAUAUUGCACCUCCUAACUGCGCCUGUGUUGACGUGCUAUUCUUUCAAAAUUGAUUUCAUUCAUGCAUUGUCGAAUAUCUCAUAAAUAUUUAUUACCUAUUGAAUGUUCAUUACACAGUGUUACAAACUGUUCUCCUUGAGAAUUGUUAGUGUUCUUUUUUUAAUCUACUUGUUAUACGAAAUGACUUAUUCGCAAAAGCCUUCAGAAGGCGAGAGUCCGAUACCUACCAAGUACAAUUACAAACGUGUCUUUCUCCUAGACAUUGACCAGAGAAGAUCGAAUCGGAACAAUGUAGAGGCAAAGGAGUGGCAGUACGAGGGCCUACCUAUCGAGUAUCCCAACCGAAAAGACUUUGAUGGCGCAAACCUUGACGCUGAAAUAACAAUGCCAGCUACACAGGCUACGACUACCAAACUGGUGUUAGACCGUCGUUACCGUCGCAUCUACAACCCUGAUGAGGUGGCCACCAUCGAAGAGUUCCCUUACAUGGCCGCCCUGCUGGUGAACAACGAGCUCUGGUGUGGCGGCGUCAUCAUUGAUAAAGACAAGAUCCUUACUGCCGCUCACUGCUUACAACUUCAAUAUAAUAAUCGAUUCUUCCGUGAAUAUGUGAAAAUGUUGACGGUGAGAGUUGGUUCCACGAACGCCACGGACGGUGGGGACCUGCUGCGUGUCUCCGAGAUCUUCUUCCAUCCUAACUACAAGCCACAGACCUUGGAGUUCAACUACGCAGUACUGAGGCUCCAUAAGAACCUGACUUUCGGUAGAAAGGACCCCUACAUCGACAAGAUUGCCUUCGCCAGAGACAAAGUUGUACCUGUCGAUAAUAAGAUCGUGUUCCUUGGUUGGGGGUCUGUUUUGGGUAUCAAUGGCGCGGGUGGUCAGGUCCUACUCCAGAAGGUCACGCUCCCUGUAUACGACUCAGCAGACUGUCAGGAAAUAUACGGCAAAGAAUUAGUCACCCGAACGAAUUUCUGCGCAGGAUUCAUUACGGUACCGAAAAACGUUUGUAAUCAUGACGCUGGUGGUCCAGCAGUAAUGGACGGUGUACUGAUAGGAGUGCUCUCAUUCUCGUCCAAGCGCUGUGACCAGGCGGACCAGCCCGCUGUGUUCUCCACUGUAGGAGCUAUCGCGUCGUGGCUCGAUGGUCUUGGGCAAAAGAAGGCGCAAUUACGGUCGCUAAUACAAUGAGGAAAUACAAAACGUUUUGGUUAAGAACUUUUAGAAAAUGCCUACAGAAUUACAUUUUAACAAACCAAAACAAGUUUUUAAUUUCCUGAAACCUGAAAUGGUAGCGAUGCAAUAAAACAAACAAAUAGACAACGUUCACAUAUAUAUUUUCACUAAUACUGUACACCCACUUUACUCGCUCAACUAUUCAAGAAAAGACCAUUAGGAUAAAUUUUUAAAACUUUUAAUAUUUUCUAUUCAACAUACAACAUUGAA